CCUGGAACCUGGCUGGAGUCCUGUGGAUACAGAUCCACAUCCCUAUUUCCAAGUGGAUUUUCUGUUUCCCACCUUCAUCUCUGGAGUAAUUACUCAGGGCGGAACCCGAGCUGGGGGCUUCAUCACCAGCUACCGACUCAUGUACAGCUACGAUGGGAUCCGCUUUGUAAACUACACUGACACCAUGGACUGGUCACAACCUGCCAAGAUCUUUCCAGCAAACACCGACACCAACACCCCAGUCAGACAGGACCUCAAGCAUCUUAUUUUUGCUCGUUUCUUGAGGAUUGUCCCGGUUGAACAUCACAAUGGGAUUUACCUGCGCACUGAGAUCCUGGGCUGUCCAUGGAAUCGGGAACCUGGCCUGAGGACUGUGCCAGAAAGGACCACUCCCUCCUCGGGCAGAUCCUCCACCAUCACUCGAACAGCAGAUGGACAAAUCACCAUGGCAACCAGUGUCCAUCCCAGUUUCUGUGAUCCUGGAGGGUUUCAAUGUUGGAAUGGGGAAUGUGUGAGUGUGAAGACAGCUCUGUGCAAUGGCCAACCUGACUGCAGUGACUUCUCUGACGAACAGGGCUGUGGAACAGGACGGACUGUCCCCCAGGGGGGUGAGUCAACAGGAUUCCCUGAUUGGAGUCGGCUGAGCUCCCAAACAGAGCACACACCAGCAGGAGCAACAACAGCUUCUGGAAAGUUCCCUGUGCCAGCACCCAGCUCAGAGACAGCAUCGGCCUCUCUGACAACAGGAAGUCCCACAGGCUAUUCCACAACAUUCUGGGAGGAAUUACCCCCAAUUCUCCGUGUUCUUUGUCUUCACGAUCAGUUCAAGUGUGACUCGUUGGAUUGUGUCGAUUCUGACACAGUUUGUGACGGGAUUGCAGACUGUCUGGAUGGCUCCGAUGAGAGACACUGUGGUCCCACUCCUGCCUCUGUGACUCCAAACCGAGAGGCUCCUGAAUUGAUUCCAUUGACCAAUACAAGCAGAUCCUGUUCGGUGAAACAGUUCCGGUGUGGCAGUGGAGAGUGUGUAAGCCAGCACCAACAAUGCAACUUGCAGCAGGACUGUCAGGAUGGUUCAGAUGAGAAGGACUGUGUACACUGUGUGAUCUCUGAAUGGACCCAGUGGAGUGCAUGCACUCACACCUGCAGUUUGGGUGUAAGGUUCCGACAGAGAGACAUCCUGCGACCGGCUCUCCCUGGGGGACAGUGCGAUGUUACAUUGUGGGAUUCUCAUGCCUGCUUUAUCCAGGCCUGCCCAGUCAAUGGUCAAUGGUCAGAGUGGAGUGAUUGGUCAGUCUGUGAUGCAGAGUGUAGCGGUGGAGUUCGAUCCCGUCACCGGGACUGUGUGAAUCCACCGCCAAAGAACGAAGGCCAGUCGUGUCCGGGCAUCGCCAUGGAAACAGAGUCCUGUAACCGUCAGCUCUGUGAGGGCACCACGGACUGUGAUCCUGGGAUGGUCUAUGUACCAACUGAUGGAUGUGACGCUCUCUCCCAUGAUCCCUGUCCAGCCUCGUGUCAGGAGCUGAGCUCAGGGACAAGCUGUAACAGGAAAUGCCUGGAAGGCUGCCGUUGCCCCAAAGGUCUUUUCCUUCAGGACCAAGGUUGUGUGAAUAUCACUGAGUGUCGCUGUCAUUGGGGGAACAAGAUUUACCAACCUGGACAACUCAUCACCAUGACCAACUGCAGCAACUGCAUCUGUUACCAUGGCCGCAUUUCCUGCGAUGAUUCCCUUUGUCCUGUUGACUGUGGUUGGUCAGCAUGGUCACCAUGGACGCCAUGUAACCCUCGGUGUGGUGUCGGAGUUCAGGAGCGAUACAGAUCACCCACUAAUCCCACUGCCUCAACAGAUGGUGCCCCCUGUGUGGGCGAUAAUGUGGGGGUGCAGGGCUGUUACACUGCCUGCAGAUCAGAUGUUGGGGAGUCGGUCCGUGGAUGGAGUCCAUGGUCUCCUUGGUCACCAUGUAGUCGAUCGUGUUUCUAUGAUGUGGAUGAGGUCUCAGUGAGGAGGCGAUUCCGGGAGUGUCCCAGUGCUGGUCCUAGUACCUCCUCGCAAUGUCUGGGAGACUCUGUCCAAGAGGAACGCUGCCUCAUUCAGCCCUGUGCAGUACCUGGAGGUUGGAGCUCCUGGAGCCUGUGGUCUGAGUGCAGUUCACUGUGUAACUUUGGAGUGCAGUUCAGGAACCGAAGCUGCACAAACCCCCAGUCACGCCACGGAGGCAACCAAUGUGUUGGUCCACACAUUCAAACACGGGACUGUAACACUCAGCCAUGUGAUCACACUUGUCCAGACGGGAUGGUCUACCUCACUGUGGAUGAGUGUCUUCAGUCAGGUGGUCCUUGUCCCCGGGGAUGCCUUGACCUGACAGACAGUGUACAAUGUACCACCCAUUGUUACGAAGGCUGUUACUGCACCGACGGACUCUUUCAGCAGAAUGGCUCCUGUGUCCCACCAGAACAAUGUAACUGUUACUAUCACGGCCAGUGGUACCCAGCCGGCUACAUCUUUUACAAGGAUCCCUGCAAUAACUGCACAUGCCUGUCUGGAGACCUGGUUUGUGGCAAUCUUCCCUGUGCAGUGGACUGUGCAUGGAGCCGCUGGACACCGUGGAGUUCCUGCAGUAGAAGCUGUGACGUUGGAUCCAGAAGGAGAUUCCGAUCACCCACAAACCCUCCUGCAGCAUUGGGUGGGAGAGAGUGUGAGGGUGACAUGAUGGAAAUGGAGUAUUGCAGUCUGCAGCUCUGUGACAGAGUGUGGAGUGAGUGGGGUCAAUGGUCAGAAUGUUCUGUCUCUUGUGGUGGGGGUUUCAGGAACCGAACGCGAGUAAAUAUCUCGUCACAAAGCAGUCAGCUGACCAGCUGUAACAACCAGCCAUGUGAAGCCCAUCAAUUGAACUGCUCUGAUGGGACUGUGUGGCGAGAUUGUUCAGUCGGACCUGAAACUUGCACAGAGCUCAGUGCGGGAAAGGAGUUGAGUCGGAACUGCAGCCCUGGAUGUUACUGUCAGGAUGGGCUCCUCUUCCAGGAAGGUGAUUGUGUACCUGUCACUGAUUGCCAGUGUGUGGAUGGAGGGCAGGUUUACCAAGCUGGUGCCACUGUACUGAAAGACUGUAAUUCCUGCACCUGCCUUUCUGGACAGAUUGGAAACUGUACUCAGAGAGUGUGCGAUGUGAAUGGUGAUUGGUCGGACUGGACUCCAUGGAGUGAUUGUUCCAUUUCAUGUGGAGGGGGUAUCCAACGUCGAUUCCGGUUCUGUACGAACCCCCGUGCUGCUGGGAAUGGUCUGCCCUGUCUUGGUCCAGAGGAGGAGAUUAACCCCUGUAAUGUGCAGCAGUGUUCAAGAGCUGGUGCCUGGGGAGAGUGGUCCUUGUGGAGUGAUUGUUCACGAAGCUGUGGGGACGGUGUGAGAUCUCGAAGCCGGCUUUGUGAUAGACCCCCUCCCCAGGGAGAUGGGGAUUUCUGUGAGGGUCCAAGCUCUGGAACUGAGCCGUGCCACAGGGAGCAUUGUCCAGUGGUAAACUGUUCUUCAAUUGUGGGCUCUGUCUACCACCAAUGUGGACCGUCCUGCCCCCGGAGCUGUGAUGACCUCACGCGAUGUGUAUGGAGCUGUGAGCCAGGCUGUUACUGUACAAAUGGGAAGGUUUUAAAUGAAAAUGGAUCGUCCUGUGUUGAACGAAAGGAUUGUACAUGUUUGGAUCUGAGAACAGGGACAAGAUUGUUACCGGGAACAGUUAUACCUCAGGUUAACAGCUGCAACUCCUGUUCCUGUGUGAACGGAGAACUAGCCUGUACCAACAUGCCUUGCCCUGGUAAGUAUUGUCCAGUCCCUCACCAACCUUCAACAACUCGACCUCUCAGUCUACUGGCCCCUAUCUGGAGAAUUUAUUCAGCUCGUCACCUGUAA